AAUGUGCUUGUUGCUAUAUUUAAACUAAUGGAAUAGACAAAUAUCCUCAAUUAUAAUUGGAUGUAAAUCCACUUACAUCAUAUAUAUAGACAAAUACAAAAUUUAUGAUACUUUUUCAAAUGACGAUGAAGCCUAAGUAUUUUAUUAAGAAAAUCAAAAUAUACUUCAGGCCAGUCUAUAUUGACU